AUGGACUAUGUUUCCAAAUGGAUGGAAGCAAAUACCACUAUUAUUGAUGAUGCUAAAAUGGUUGCAGGUUUCUUGAAGACUUACAUUCUAUGUAGGUUUGGUUUCCCUAAGGCAAUCAUCAGCAACCAAGGAUCACACUUUUGCAAUCGAGUCAUUGCUUACUUGUUGAUGAAGUACGGUGUACAACAUCACAUUGCCACCCCAUACCACCCUCAAACUAAUGAGCAGACAGGGGUGUCCAAUAGGGAAGUGAAGAUUAUUUUGAAGAAAAUGGUCAAUCUAGGAAGGAAGGUUGGAGCCUUCGACUUGACGAUGCUUUAUGGGCUUACAAUAGUCAAGAAGUGCAACUGGGAUUUAGAGGUAGCUGGGGAUGCCAGACUUUUACAGCUUCAGGAGUUGGAAGAGCUCAUGUUAGAAUCUUUUGACAAUUCUCUGAUCUACAAGCAAAGAGCAGAAGAUUUUCAUGACAAGAUGAUUGCACCCAAGGAGUUUCAGGUAGAGCAAAAGGUACUUCUAUACAACUCUAGGCUGAAGUUUAUGCCUGAAAAACUCCAAUCCAAGUGGCUUGGCUCAUUUGGCGUUUCUCACGUUUAUCCUUAUGGUGCAGUAGAUAUCAUUAAUCUUGAAACAAGGAAAGUUUUAAAAGUAAAUGGGCACAAGUUGAAGGUCUUCCAUGAUGGUGAGUCUUUGGAUUGCUUUGAUAUCGCCUAUCGGUUGGACUCACUAGUUCACAUCUGA